GUCCAGACCCCGGAAAUGCAGGUCGUGAUGCCCCGAACCGUCCUCCUGCUGCUGUCGGGGGCCCUGGCCGUGACCGAGACCUGGGCGGGCUCCCACUCCCUGAGGUAUUUCUACACCUUCGUGUCCCGGCCCCAACGCUUCAUCGCCCUCGGCUACGUGGACAACACGCAGUUCGUGCGGUUUGACAGUCGCGCUGGGAGUGGGAGGAUGGAGCCGCCGGCACCGUGGGUGGAGCAGGAGGGGCCGGAGUAUUGGGACGAGGAGACGCGAAUCGCCAAGCACAAUGCAUGGAAUUACCGAGUGAGCCUGUACAUCCUGCGGGACCACUACGACCAGAGCGAGGCCGGGUCUCACACCAUCCAGCGCAUGUGCGGCUGUGACGUGGGUCCCGACGGGCGCCUCCUCCGCUAGUACAGACAGUUCGCCUACGAUGGUGUGGAUUACAUCGACCUGAAUGAGGACUUGAGCUCCUGGACAGCGACGGACACUGCGGCGCAGAUGACCCGCCUCAAGUGGGAGGCCGCAGGUUACACUGAGCAUGACCGGAACUACCUGGAGUUCACAUGCGUGGAGUGGCUCCGCAGGUACCUGGAGAUGGGGAAGGAGACGCUGCUGCGCACAGAACCCCCCAAUACAAACGUGACCCGCCACCCCAUCUCUGACCGUGAUGUCACCCUGAGGUGCUGGGCCCUGGGCUUCUACCCUGCGGAGAUCACCCUGACCUGGCAGCGGGAUGGGGAAGACCUGACUCAGGACACAGAGCUUGUGGAGACCAGGCCUGCAGGAGAUGGAAGCUUCCAGAAGUGGGCGGCUGUGGUGGUGCCUUCUGGACAGGAGCAGAGAUACACGUGCCAUGUGCAGCAUGAGGGGCUGCCUGAGCCCAUCACCUUGAGAUGGGAGCCACCUCCUCGCACCAUCCCCAUCCCAUGGAUCAUUGCUGGUCUGGUUCUCCUGGUGGUCAUUGCAGUGAUUGGAGUUGUGAUCUGCUGGAAGAAGCGCUCAGGAGAAAAAGGACCAGGCUACUCUCAUGCUGCACGUGAUGACAGUGCCCAGGGCUCUGAUGUGUCUCUCACGGCUCCUAAAGUGUGAGACCAGCUGCCUUGUGGGGACUAAGAGAUGGAAGAUUUCUUCACACCCCCACUUGGUGACAUCAGCAACCCCUAACUUCUCUUUGUGCAGAUGUCAGAAUGUGUCUGUGUUCCUUUGAGCAUAAUGUGAGGACAUGAGAUUUGCCCACCCUGCCCAUCAGACCCCUCCCUAUUCUGAUUUUCUCCUUUCUGAUGUGCUUUCCUGUU